UCCGCAACUCCAGUCGCGUCCUAGCUUUCAAUAGCUUCACACGUGUUUUUACGUCUCGUUUUUUACUGCGUCCACAUUACGUCUCCGCCGCAUCAAAGAACCGCCAGUGUUGUACCGUGACUUUGUAAAGAGUUCGGAACUUCUUAUAUCUGUGUGGCAACAAAAAAGUUUUAAAGCACUUUUAUGUGGUAUUUAUUGUAACGAUUGAAGUUCGGUGCGAAUGGUGUUUUCUGAUUGGAUUUUUUGAAGUGACUUCCGAAAGUGGAUGAGGAUAAACUGUGUUCAUGUAAAAAAGGGUGCUAAUUUUAUGGAUUUCUACUGCAUUCUAUCGCUAGGUGAUGCGUGCUGAGCCGUGAGCCAUGGCCGCGGCACUCGGGCUGGCCUUGCUCUGGGUGGCCACCGUCGCUGCUGACGGGAUACAUGAUGUGACGAAUAUAACAGAGUCAGAAAGUUCAUCUCUGUCCACACCGCCAAUACCUCUCCGGCCAGAAUACGCACAUCCAGCGGGUGUGGAAGCGUUGGAUCCUUACAACUCAGAGAAGAAUCCUCCGCCACACGAUCGAGAUUACGAAGAAGAAGACUACGACCAUGACCAUCACAAGGAAACAGACCAUGAGAACCGCGAGGCGGAUGAAUUGCCAUCUCUAUCAGGGGAUCACUUACUUCAAAGUUCAACAGAUGACUUGCCAAUGUUCCUGUUAGAGCCUCAACAUGCGUUUGUAGUUCGCAAUAAACCUGCGACGUUGCGGUGCCGGGCCGCAAAUGCUCUGCAAGUUUACUUCAAAUGCAAUGGUGUGCGCUCGGUUGCGAGCACAAUGUUUGAGUUUGUGGACCCUCAGAGCGGUGUGAGGAUUGUGGAGGCCGAGUGCAAUGUGACAAGGGACCAAUUGGAGGAGUACUUCGGCGACGAUCGGUUCUCGUGCAACUGCUACGCUUGGAGCAGUAGAGGAGACAUCAAGAGCCAACCGGCUGUUGUUGAAUUGGCAUACCUCAAGAAGCAGUUCGUGAUAGCUCCGUCAGCAGUCUCCGUGGAGGCGGGGUCGGCGGCGUCCCUCAGGUGCUCUCCGCCGGCCGCGGCGCCGCAGCCCCGGGUCUACUGGCUCAAGCAUGGAGCACCGCUGCAGCAGGAUCAUAAUGUGCUGGUGUCUGCUGAGGGGAAUCUGCUGAUUUCUAGGGCUACUUUGCAGGACAUGGCGAAUUACACCUGUGUCGCGGAGAAUAUUGCCGGCAAGAGAGUCUCGGAACCGGCCCUUCUCACUGUUUAUGUGAACGGUGGUUGGAGCUCGUGGGGUCCGUGGACGCAGUGCCGCUGCAACGGGCGGGUGGCCACGGGCCAGCGUCGCACCCGGACCUGCACAGACCCUCACCCCCUCAACGGAGGAGCCCCCUGCCAGGGUCAGGCUGUGCAGAGGACCGCCGAUUGCGUGCCUUGUCAGAGCGACGGAUACAUGGAUCUGCAAUCGUAUGAUAACACACAACAAUUAUUAAUCGGAACCCCCGGGCGUUGGGGCUCGUGGUCCGAGUGGUCGGUCUGCGGCGCGGACUGCAGACAGUCGCGGCGCCGCGCCUGCGCCGGGGACCUCUGCUCCGGCCCGCACGCUCAGCACGCGGACUGCGUCGGCGACUACUGUGGCGUGCAUGGCGCAGCGGCCCACAACGACGUACCACUCUACAUCGGCAUCGCGGUCGCCGUCACCGUGUUCCUCGCGGGCUCCGCCGUCGUCUACAAGCUGCUGCAGAGGAAGACCAGGGAUCAUUCCUUGUACACCAUGACUAGGACUGCAGACUUCCAACCGGAGCUAUACCCCACGGUGGAGAAGCAGUCCCUCUCCCUGGCGCCCGACCUCAUGCAGCACCGGCCCCCGCGGUACGAGCAUCCUGCCAUGGAUACACGAGCUGAACACCACUAUGAUGUGCCGCAUCUUACUAACAGCUACGCGUCUCCAGUGGACCAGCAGAUGACGCCCUGCGCCUCCAGUAAAGGACAGAGUGACGAGUACGACAGCAAGCCGUACAGCGAAUCAGAACACUCCGUGUCCAGUUGCUUCACUAGCUCGGGCUCAAUGUACGACGCGGCAAACGAGUCAGUGACCCUUCAGCUCGCGGAGCUGGUGUCUAACUCUCCGACAUCGCAGUCUAUGGCGGUGUCGAUGGCGGGCACGAGGCUGGCGCUCCCGGCCGCCGGUGUCGCGCUCUCCGUCCCGGAAAACGCCCUGGCCAGAGGACGACGCGAACAGAUGUACGUGGCUGUCGUCAAGGAUGACAGAUACCGACCGCGACUGGGAAAAGGUAUCACGCAAUUGAGUCCGGUAGUGAAGUGCGGCCCCCCGCGGCUGCAGCUCAACAAGUCCGUCAUCCUGCAGAUCCCGCACUGCGCCAGUCUCAAGCACGGCUUCUGGAACCUCUCCUUAUUCGCCAUCGACCAUAACGUCAAAUCUGAUAGCAACCAACCUCAGUGGAAGAAAAUAGUCGGUCUCGGCCAGGAGACAAUAAACACCCCCGUGUUCACGCAGCUCGACGGCGACAAGAUAUUCCUCGUCACCGACAUGUUGUCCACGUUUGUGCUCGUCGGGGAAAGUUUCAACGGUAAAGCUGUCAAAGCGCUACAAUUAGCUAUCUACGCGCCGGCUGUGCCGACCGAGGCGUGCUCCGAAUACAGCAUACGAGUCUACGUAUUCGAGGACACGCCGUGCGCAAUGUACUACUGCCAGGAACAGGAAAAGAAAAUGGGCGGUGUUCUAGUCGACCGACCCAAAACUUUACUGUUCCAAGACGGAGGCUCUAGUUUAUGUUUAGGCUUAGAAAGCGUCAGUCCCGGCUGGAAAGCGAAGCCCGGCAAUCAAUACCAGGAGAUUCCAUUCAACCACGUCUGGAAUUCGCAUUACAAUGCAUUGCACUGCAGCUUUGUGCUAGAGAGAACGCACGAUUGCGAUUCAAUCGACUUCACCUUCUCAGCUUGUCAGAGAACAAACCCGUCUUACAAACAGGUGUUUAGAAUAUCCUUAGACGACGUCAGGAGUAGGUCACCGAGAGGUCGAUCGCCGCGGGCGGAGUCGCAAAGGAGUUUCAAUAUAACGGAGAAUCUCUUAGAGUCUAGAAUGUGCCGGAGCGAGGAAGGCUCGGAGGGCAGCGCAAAGCGAAACAUAACAGUGACCGAGGUUGGGGUUAAUGAGUGUGCAAGCGAAGGUCCAUUUAAGCUGAGCUCUCGAUUAAAACGGCAACUGUGUGCCGUUUUGGACCCGCCGAAUGCGCGCGGUAACGAUUGGCGGGCUCUAGCGUCGCGGUUGGGAGUGGAUCGGUACACGACGUGGUUCGCUACGAAGAGCUCGCCGACGGAGGCUAUUCUGGAGCUGUGGGAGUGUCGCGAGCGGUCGGCGGGGGCCACGGCGGCGCUGGCGGCGGCGCUGAGGCAGAUGGACCGCCACGACGCCGCCGACCUGCUGCAGGGCACGCCCUCCUGGUUAUGAACACCAGGACACCAAGACUGCACGUUUUAUACCCAACUUUUAAUAUUUAGAAGGUAUGACUAACUGUACGAAGUACCUUUAAGAUUGUAAUGAACGAAUUGUUGGUAAACUAAUUAGUAGGUAAAAUGUUACGUUAGCGAAAGUAUAGUUUCGUAGGCCAACGGCCUAAAUGUAAAAUCGUGGUAGUCUAUUUUGUAUAGAUUAUUAUUAUUGUACUCUGCUGUAGAUAAGCAAGGGAAAGAAUAUUAUAUUAUUGUAGCAAUAAUAGUGCCUAUAAUGUCUUGAAAAGAAACACUGCCAAACCAAAAUUGUGGUGGCAGUCUGUUACAUUUUGGUAUUUUGUUAAUUUUAUAACCGUAUCUGUAUGUUCACUAUUUUUGAAUGAAAUGUUUUAUCGCUUGAGUUCACGUUUUUUGCUUGCGAUUGUGUUUUAAUCUUCAAAGUCGCUUUCAAAUCAAAAUUUUGUGCCAAAUCUCGUAUGCCAUUGCGCAAAUUGGGCAAUAAUGUUUAAAAUAUUCUUGAAGGUCACUCAACAGAGCUUAUCGAUUACAUACUUAACAAUAAUGUAGUAAUAUAUUGUUUGUAUUUACUGUAACUUUAAGACUUCAAAGAUUGCAUUUACGACUUUUUUCGUGUAUAGAUCUGCUACUCCUCUCGCUGUAAUUCCUUCACUUCAUACUAAAUAUCAAGAUUAUUUUCAAUCUUUGUAUAUAAAGAAAUAGAUUGUGUAAAUAUCUGUAUCGCAGUUAGAAACAGUAGAAGGACCUUUAUUCACAAGUUUGUACAUGAAACUUUAUCGCCGGCGUAGACUAUAUAUAUUUUUGUUAAUGACUAUUAAAAUAAAUGGAUCUGUGAUACUUAAAAUAAUAUGAAAUAAAUUAUGUUUAACUGUGCA